AAGAUCAUCUCGGCAGCAGGGUUUGCUCGCUCUCUCCAGUUGCAUCGCUCCGCGGGGCAGCGCUGGCUCGCUCCGAUAUAUUUCAACUCGCUGUGGAUUGUGGGAGUCCAGGACUCUGCCCAGGCUUGUUACCGGAGAACCGGAGACAUUUUUUUUUCUCGCCGUGCCCUGUUUUUUCUUAGCCUGACACUGGUAGCGGUCUCAGCACCAUGUCCAGCCGAGGAGGAAAGAAGAAGUCGACCAAGACGUCCCGGUCAACCAAGGCCGGGGUCAUCUUCCCCGUGGGACGCAUGCUGCGCUACAUUAAGAGGGGCCUGCCCAAAUACCGCAUUGGAGUGGGAGCACCCGUCUACCUGGCUGCUGUCCUCGAGUAUCUUACUGCGGAGAUCUUGGAGUUGGCAGGCAAUGCAGCCAGAGACAACAAGAAGGGUCGUGUCACACCACGACACAUCCUGCUCGCCAUCGCCAACGACGAGGAGUUGAACCAGUUGCUGAAAGGUGUGACUAUCGCAGCAGGUGGGGUGCUGCCCAACAUCCACCCAGAGCUGCUGGCUAAGAAGAGAGGAGCGAAGGGAAAACUGGAGACACCCGUCUCACCCGCCCCUGAGAAGAAACCCAAGCCGGUCAAAAAAUCAGCCAGCAAGAAAAUGAGUGGGAAAAAGGGAGGAGGGAAGGCUAAGAAGCAGGGUGAGGUGAGCAAGGCGGCGUCAGCAGACAGCACCACAGAGGGAUCUCCUGUUGACAGCUUCACCGUGCUCUCCACCAAGAGCCUCUUCCUGGGUCAAAAGCUCAACCUUAUUCACAGCGAGGUCAGUAACUUGGCUGGCUUUGACGUGGAGGGGGUCAUCAACCCCACCAAUGCUGAACUUGAACUUAAAGAUGAUCUAGGCUCUGCCCUGGAAAAGAAGGGAGGGAAGGAGUUCACUGAAGCGCUACAGGAGCUGAAGAAGAAAAAUGGCCCUCUGGAGGUGGCUGGCGCCGUGUUGACCUCCGGCUACGGCCUGCCUGCUAAGUACGUCAUCCACUGUAACAGUCCGGGCUGGGGUUCCGACAAGUGCGAGGAGUUGCUGGACAAGACGGUGAAGAACUGCCUGGCUCUGGCCGACGAGAAGAAACUCAAGUCUGUGGCUUUCCCCUCCAUUGGUAGCGGGAGGAAUGGUUUCCCGAAGCAGACGGCGGCACAGCUGAUCCUCAAGGCCAUCUCCAGCUACUUUGUGGCCACCAUGUCUUCCACCAUCAAGACCGUCUACUUUGUGCUGUUCGACAGCGAGAGCAUCGGGAUCUACGUGCAGGAAAUGGCCAAGCUGGAGACAAGCUAAGAGUUUGGAGGAUUUGCCUCCUUGUCCCUUUUUCUCCACUCUGUUUUUUUCUUUCCUGCGAGGAAAUAGGAAGGUGUUUAAUAGUGAUUUGUUAAAUAUGAAGAGAAGAAGAAAAAGAAGAUUCUUUCUAUAGGCCGGGAACUUGUUUUUGCAUUACGUUUGUAAUUUUUCCUUUUAUUGUUUUUAAUUUCCUAUUUACUUGUUCACCUCUGGUGUUUAAAUGUAAAAGUGCACUGUUCAUUCUGCGGUCUUUUAAUACAAACGGUGCCAGACAAAACAGAUUCAGCAAGUGAAAAGACUCACUUUAAGAUUUAAUUUUCAUGGUAUAUACGGUAAAAGAUGUUAUGAGAGAUACACCUCAAUUACCAGGCUUCCAGAGAAGUCCGAUGAAUACGGGUUAAUGCAUGUAAUGGCAGUAAAGAUAGUAAAAACAGCCAUUCUCUUUAUUUUGAUCUCAAAAACACAAGACACUUAAUUCAGUGUAUUUUUUGGUAUCAAUUCUACGUUUUGGAACAUCUCUGUUCUUAAUAGUACUGUAUAAUGAAAUGGUAAAGUAUUGAGAAAAGUUCAGUUUGCUCUACUUUGGUCUUCAGGAGACUAAAAGAACUAUGGAAGGAGUUUUUGUUUUUGUGUUGUGCGUUGCAAAUUCCUGUGUUUGCCUUUGUUUAAACAGGCAGGUUUCCUUGUGUGCUGCAGAGACCUUGAAUUUCCAAAAAAGAAACGGAAUCAGUCGAAAAGAAUUGUCAUGUAAAUGCCCAUAUAUUAUAUACUCAUGCUGGUACUAAUGUCACAGGUUUAUACUGUAAACAGAACAGCUGUCGUUUGUCAUUUACAGUAAAAAAAAAAAAAAAAUGAUAUGACAUAAAAUGGUAGAAUUGGAGAUUUGAGGUUUUUGCAGGACACAAAUGGUUUAUAUUGUGUGUUCCUAUGACUGUUUAUAUAGAUGGAGUAUUUGUGAAAUGUUAUAGUAAAAUAUUGGACUGUAACAUAGAUUUUUAUUUUCUAUUUUAAUUUUCACAUUGAUUCUAAAAGGUGCAGGUGAUCUGGAAGCAAAAAAAUAAUAAUAUUGUAAGAGAUUGUUUUUUUGUGUGUUUUGUCUUUGUUAAGCCAUAAAACAAGUGUACGCAUUUUUUGCUGGAAGUAGAGGCUCUCUGCUGUUGCUUUUGGUUUGCUCUUCCAUUCAGCCGCCACUAGAUGGCUCCCUGUAAUCAAGAAUUGGAUUUUCAUCUCAGCCAUUUUCUGUGCAGCAGCAGGCCUCUUCACACAGACGCUGAUCGAUUUGAGUUGGAUUUGAAUUGGGAUUGACGGACGUAUAUAUAAAGGAACCCGACUGCUCUGCUGCAUUUGGACUUUUCAAAAGCCUAACUUUCUUAUGAAAAAAAUAAAAAUAUGUUAAAUGCUUUCUAAAGAAUUGCUACAAUUGAUGAUUCUACAAAAGGUCUGUACACACUCCGGUAAUAAAAUACCUUUAAAAACAUCAA